UCUCUCAAUUUUAUGCCAAAAACCACCAAAAUUCUGGGCGAAGGAGGAGUGCAUUUCCCCAACGCAUACGUCACCACACCGAUGUGUUGUCCGAGUCGGUCCUCCUCUUUGACGGGACUCUAUGUACACAAUCAUAACGUUUAUACAAAUAACGACAAUUGCAGUUCACAACACUGGCAAACCACUUACGAGACCAGAACUUUCGCCUCUUAUCUCAGUAAUGCCGGCUAUCGGACGGCAUUUUUCGGUAAAUACCUGAAUGAAUACAACGGUACAUACAUUCCUCAGGGAUGGAAGGAAUGGUCGGCUUUAGUACGAAAUUCACGUUUUUAUAAUUACACACUGAAUGUGAACGGGAAUAAAGUGAAACACGGAGACGACUACCAUCUCGAUUAUUAUCCCGACCUCAUUACCAACGAUAGUCUUCAGUUUCUGCGCUAUUCGAAGCGAUUCUUCGCUAAUAAACCUUUACUUAUGGUGUUAUCAUAUCCGGGCCCUCACGGCCCCGAAGACGCCGCCCCGCAGUUCCAGAACCUCUUCCUUAACGUCACAACUCAUCGUACCAAAAGUUGGAACUUUGCUCCAAAUCCGGACAAACAAUGGAUCCUAAGAAAUACGGGUAAAAUGGAACCGAUUCACGAAGAAUUCACUGAUAUGUUGCACACAAAACGAUUGCAAACAUUACAAUCGGUGGACGAAUCCGUGGAAAAGUUAUACAAUGAGCUCAAAGAAUUAGGAGAACUCGACAACACAUAUAUAUUUUACACAUCAGAUCACGGCUACCAUUUGGGACAAUUUGGAUUAGUUAAGGGCAAAGCCAUGCCUUUUGAAUUUGAUGUAAGGGUUCCCUUCUUUGUGAGGGGACCUAAACUAACCGGCGGUCAAAAAAUUGACAACAUUGUGCUCAACAUAGAUCUGGCGCCUACUUUCCUGGAUAUCGCCGGCGUUAAAGUUCCCGAUCAUAUGGACGGCAGCUCUGUAUUGCCAUUGCUUAAGAAGACAACUGAAACCAAUAAAUCUGAUGUUGAGCUUAAAAAACCAAAGGAUGUCGAGUGGAGACAUACUUUCCUCAUUGAAAGAGGAAAAUAUACCAAAGAGUCGGACAAUCCUUUCCGGACUCUAUCGAAAAAAGAGUGGCUCACAAUUGAGUGCCAAAAACCCGAAUAUCAGUCUCCGUGCAGUCCUUAUCAGCGCUUUGAGUGUUAUUUCGAUGGCUCUGAGACCAGAAUCAGGAAAUGUAGAAAAUCCUAUUGGAGUCCUUCAUAUCAGAGAAAAGUACACCAGAAGUGUAUUUGCUCUUCGGAUCAGUCGACCGAUACAUCGGAUCAUAAAUACGAGGAAUCGUUUGAUAUUAAUUCCGAAGAUUUACUAAUAAAAUCAAAGAAACGAAAACUGGAUUCAAAUGAGAAGAAAUUGCAGCGAAGGUUCCUUAAAGAGCAUGUGUUUAACAAAGAUUUUCGGCCCAUUUUUAUCAGUUCCCGAAAUAAACGAGAAUUAGAUUUACUGAUGAACGAGGCUUUCGAUGUCGAGGGGGUCUAUGAAUUGAGUAAACUGUUGGACGCGAGCACUACUAAAGUGUACAACGAGUCAGCCAUCGAAGACAUCGAGACGUUUAACUACAAGAACAACACCUCGUGUACGAUAUCAGCCAAUCUGUCCAUCACUUGUUCCGACGAAGUGUACGAAAACAAAGAGUUGUGGCGCCAGAAGAAGACUCGAUUGGAUUCGAUGAUUAAAAAGCUUCAGAACAAACUCAUUGAACUAAAGGGUAUCCGACGGCACCUCAAUAUGAAACGACCAGCGCUUCACAAAGAAGUGGACACUAAUGAUGGCUAUAAAUGCGAUUGCGAUGCGACCGCCGACAGGGAUGGCGGACACCGUCGGGACAACCGGUAUAUGAAACGCCGGUAUAGAAAACGGAUGAGAUUUAUGGAAAGACAUCAUUUGAGGAAAGAGAAAAAAUUGCGGCGAAAAAGUAAAUUCUUGAACACAACGUGUAAUUACGAGAAAAUGAAUUGUUUUACUCACGAUAACCAUCACUGGAAGACCGCACCUCUUUGGACGAGCGACUGA